GGGCAAGGGCCGCGCACAUAGAGGGUGGGGGGAAGUUGAAGGCAGUGUUGAUUUUUCUAAAUGUAUAUAUGCACCCCGUCUCCCUUCCGCCCAUGUUAAUGAUUUUUGUUAUCCAUGUAAAUGUCCCUUUAGUUUAUUGGCGCCACCAUCAGUUCUUCCUCAACAGUAAGCGUAUUAUCAAGCUAUUUUGACUGUCUCCAGCCUGCCCCUGAACUUCCCGUCACUGAGAAGAACGCAGACGGAAAGAGCGAGCAGUUGAAAAGGGAACAUAGGGGUUGUCAAUGAGAAUACAGUUCAAUCUACACGGAGACCAGACGGAUAGACAAGUCGAUAUCAUUGUCCUCUUUUAGUCGACUAGACGGGUCUCUACUGGCUUGCAUACUAACCUACGUUGUAUUCCUUGCUGAGCACCCAGCUGCAGUUUGCCCCACUGUCGUCGAGGCUCGAGCCAACCACUGGUGGGGGGUUUAAUGGGAGCCUUGUUUAAAUAGAACCCCCCCCCCCCCAACGGACCCUCGCUCGAAUCCGACCUGGGCGCUGUCUUCCCCGUGGGGUGCCGGUUUUUGCUCAGUCUGACUGGGGAAGGAGGGCGGUCCCCCCAGCCUUGACUGUCGCUCUGGCCGACCCUAGUGGAGCCUAAUAUGGCAGGAAAUCUGAAGAAAGGCGGAGGACUGAUCGGGAUGAUGAAGGACGCGUUUCAGCCCCAUCACCACCUCCAUUCUCAUCACCAACCUGGGGCCGUGGACAAAAAGACGGUGGAGAAAUGCUGGAAACUAAUGGACAAGGUGGUGCGACUGUGCCAGAACCCCAAGCUGGCCCUGAAGAACAGCCCACCUUACAUCUUGGACCUGCUGCCAGACACCUACCAGCACCUCCGCACCAUCUUGUCCCGCUACGAUGGCAAGAUGGAGACGCUCGGCGACAACGAGUAUUUCCGCGUCUUCAUGGAGAACCUGACCAAGAAGACCAAGCAGACCAUCAGCCUGUUCAAGGAGGGCAAGGAGCGCAUGUACGAGGAGAACUCGCAGCCCAGACGGAACUUGACCAAGUUGUCACUGAUCUUCAGUCACAUGCUGGCCGAGCUCAAAGCCAUCUUCCCCAACGGUCUGUUCCAGGGGGAUAACUUCAGAAUAACCAAGGCUGACGCUGCCGAGUUCUGGAGAAGGUCGUUUGGGGACAAGACUAUAGUGCCUUGGAAGGUGUUCCGGCAGGCCCUGCAUGAGUUCCACCCCAUCAGCUCGGGCCUGGAAGCCAUGGCCCUCAAGUCCACCAUCGACCUCGCCUGCAAUGACUACAUCUCCGUCUUCGAGUUCGACAUCUUCACCAGGCUCUUCCAGCCUUGGUCGUCUCUGCUGAGGAACUGGAACAGUCUGGCGGUGACUCACCCUGGCUACAUGGCCUUCCUCACCUACGAUGAGGUCAAGGCCCGGCUGCAGAAGUUCAUCCACAAACCUGGCAGCUACAUCUUCAGGUUGAGCUGCACGCGGCUGGGCCAGUGGGCCAUCGGCUACGUCACUGCAGAUGGGAACAUCCUGCAGACCAUCCCCCACAACAAGCCCCUCUUCCAGGCCCUCAUCGACGGCUUCCGGGAAGGAUUCUACCUGUUCCCUGACGGGCGCACCCAGAACCCAGACCUCACAGGACUGUGUGAACCCUCGCCACAAGACCAUAUCAAAGUCACACAGGAGCAAUAUGAGCUGUACUGUGAGAUGGGCUCCACCUUCCAGCUGUGUAAGAUCUGUGCGGAGAACGACAAGGACGUGAAGAUCGAGCCCUGCGGUCACCUCAUGUGUACCUUCUGUCUCACCGCCUGGCAGGAGUCGGAGGGUCAGGGCUGCCCGUUCUGCCGCUGUGAGAUCAAGGGCACGGAGCCCAUCGUAGUUGACCCCUUUGACCCCAAGGACCCCAUAGGGGGCUCCUACGGGGGCUGCAGGGGCCUGUUCGGUGCGGAGGGCGCCCCCUCGCCCAGCUACGACGAUGACGACGACGACCGGCUGGAAGACCCCCACCUCAUGAUGAGCAAGCUGGCCUGUUCCAAGGUGGAGCGGCCCCCAUCGCCCAUGUCCCUGGCACCCCAGUCCUCCCUGCCCCCCGUGCCCCCCCGCCUUGACCUCCUGCAGCACCGACCCACCAACCCCCCAGGAGCAUCCAGCCCAGGGGCCGCAUCCAAGGCGUCCUCCCACCACAAGGACAAGCCUCUCCCCCUGCCUCCAGCCCUGAGGAACCUGCCGCCCCCUCCUCCCACAGACAGACCUCUCUCUGCCGGGCCUGACGGAUGGCUCGGCAGACGGCCCCUACCUUGCACCCCCCUGGGGGAGCCCAAGCUGCCCCCGGCCCCGCCCAACCGCAACCUGGCCGACUGGAACCCCAGGCCAGUGCCCAAGGCCCCCGGACAGCCACCCAGUGUGGGAGACACGCGGGGGGUCCGGGAGCUCUCUAACAGACACUCGCUCCCCCUGGCCCUACCCUCAGCCCUAGACAGAUGCACAGACGGACAGAGGAACAACAGCUCGCUCAGUCUGGACCAUCAGCUGGUGACGGGAGCCAAGAGUUUUGGAGGCACGGCUUCUGGCAGUCAGGAGUACGACAACCCCAAAGUGAAGCCUUCAGUCUCGGCCAAUGCCAUCUAUGCUCUGGCAACAAGACCCCAUCCAGGUCUGAAGCCUGUGGCUGGGGAGGAGGCUUAUGAGAGUGACGACGAGUCCGACUACAUGAUCCCCACCUCUCGGCCUGUCCUGGCCCCCAUGGCAGCCCCCCUUGUGGUGGCAGAGACCCCAGUCCCCAAACCCCCCCAGCCUACCUCUCUCAACUCAUGGCCCAUGCUGAAUGACCUGGAUGAAGGACCUCAAAUGUAUGAAGCCAUGUAUAACAUCCAGGCCCAGGCCCUCACAGCCUCCUUGUCUCACCUGGCCAGAGACUCGGAUUACUCUGAGCUGCCCCCCCUGGCCAGUACCAAUGGCCCCAUCUGGGAGGUCCCCUGCCCAGUCCGGGAGCCCCCCUGCCCAGUCCGGGAGCCCCCAUGCCCAGUCCGGGAGCCCCCUGAGGAGGUAGAAGAGGAGAAUGGCUACGACAUCCCCAAACCAGUGUUGCCCGUGGCCCCGGCCCGACACACCCUGUCCGAGCUGGGGGCCGCCGCCUUAAGCCAUCUCUUCAUGGACAGCGAGCCCGGAGCGUCCGCCUCCUUCUCAGAGUCCAGCGACGCCCCAGAGCGGCCUCCCAAGCCCCUCCCCCGCCGCAUCAACUCAGAGCACCGGCCCAGCCCCAUACCUCCUGGAUUAGGCACCGGAGGAGGUGGAUAUGGUGGAGGAGGGUCAGAAGGCGGUGGAGGAGUAGCCAACCCCAAGAUCACCAGCGAGAUCGAGCAUCUCAUGAGCCAAGGCUACACCUACCAAGACAUCCAGAAAGCCCUGAUGAUUGCACAGAACAAUAUGGAGAUGGCCAAGAAUAUCCUGCGCGAGUUUGUCUCCAUUCACUCCACGGCUCACAUUCUUACAUAGUAUCUCCUCUGCUCCAGCUCUGCGCAGCUCAGCCCAAAGGCCAUCGCCUGCAGUACUAACGCUUCAGUGAUAACUGGAGCCCCUGCAGUCUCCUGUCCCGCGCCCUCUCAAAACUCUCACUGCUAACUGUGUGUGACUUCGAGCCCUGCACUCCACGCGCUUUCUCAAGAAUGUCUGGACGCCUUUUGUAAUGUUCUGCAGGGCCACGCUCCAUAUCCCAUGGGGUGAAGUGAUGAUGAUGAUGAUGAUGGCUCAUCGCGCAACCGAAGCUUCGACGGUCUUUCUCAGUCAUAUUUGUGUCCUCUCGAGGCUUCUACCGAAAUGUAAUCGACACCUCGCAAAAAAAAACGUGUUUGUCUAUAUAAGAAUUUAAUAUAAAACAAAAAUAUAUAUUAAAUGUGUAUAAUGUAUACAUAUAUAUUUCCAAUGAGUUUUUUUUUCAUGUUCAUGUUAAGGAUCGAUUGCAGAGGACAAAGAGAGUGGUUAUUUGAGACCGCUCUGAGGGAGAGAGCACCCUUCUAUUGUACCCAGCCCUCACUUUGAGGAGAGAGACGGACUUGGUUUAGCAUUCAGAAGCAGGCGUUUCCUAGUCUAACAGCAGAACAUCUGGCAACAUGGCAAAUAUGGCCUUUAAUGAUAUUGCUCCGGUACUUUUGAGGGGGGAAAUUAAUGUGUGUG